AUGGACAGGCGCUAUAGCGAUCCAUAUCACCAUUACUCGGACGAAGACAAACUCCCCCCCUGGGAGCAAGAAGCGGAGGAACAGGAGCACGAGGGAAAGAAAACUGGUGGCAUAAUGACAACCUGGUUCUCGCGCGAGCGUAUUCAGCUAGCUGCCACAGCUGUCGUAUCAGGCGCUGUCGUCGCAGGGGCUAUAUUAGGGUAUCAGCAUGUGAGGCGGAUAGAAAGGGUAGAGCAUCUGAAGAGGAGUGUGCCAGAAUUGGGAGAUGGACAUGAGGUUGACAAGGUGGAUUAUGGUGCUGCUUCGAAAGCUACGGCAAUGAGUAAGGAGGAUGAGAGGAGUGCGAUAUUCGCGGAACGUGCGCUGAAGGGGGAUUAUGAUGAUGAAAGCCUAGAACUCAUCCUCGAACAACUAGCCCGUAACCGGGUCUUCCUCACCGAUGCAGGCUUAUCCAAGCUACGCUCAGCAUUUAUAAUUGUCGUUGGCUGCGGUGGUGUGGGUUCUCACUGCACCGCAGCACUCGCCCGGUCCGGCGUCUCUCACAUCCGCCUAAUCGAUUUCGACCAAGUGACGCUCUCCUCCUUAAAUCGUCACGCGGUUGCUACACUCGCGGAUGUAGGAACACCCAAGGUCUCUUGUCUACGAAAGCGUCUACAGCAGAUUACACCCUGGGUGCAUUUCGACCUCCGAAAUGAGCUAUUUAGUCAAUCGGCAGCAGAUACGUUGCUGGGGCCCGGGUAUGAUGGCAGGAAGCCUGAUUUCGUAGUGGAUGCGAUUGACAACAUCGAGAGCAAGGUUGCGUUGCUAGAAUACUGUUAUAAGAAUAACCUGAAGGUCAUCUCAAGUAUGGGGGCCGGGUGUAAGAGUGACCCGACACGCAUAUUCAUCGGUGAUAUAUCCUCCAGUACCGAAGACCCACUCUCCCGUUCCACCAGACGCCGUUUACGUGCCGUCGGCAUAGCGUCUGGCAUACCAGUCGUAUAUUCCACCGAGAAACCAGGCCCAGGAAAAGCGCAACUAUUACCCUUGCCUGAAGAGGAGUUUGCAAAGGGGUCAGUUGGAGAUUUGGGCGUUUUGCCGGAUUUCAGAGUUAGGAUCCUCCCGGUUCUCGGAACGAUGCCAGCGGUUUUCGGGUACGCGGUUGCGAAUCAUGUUAUUUUGAAUGUGACGGGGUAUCCGACGGAGUAUGUGCCUGCGAAGGGCAGAGAGAAGAUGUAUGAUGGCAUUUUGGCGCAGUUGCAGGGCUUCGAGGAGAAACUUGCGAGGGCCACGACUCCUAGGGAGGAUGCGCAGGGAUUGAAGCUGGGGGUUACGGCUGGUGAUGUGGGCUAUGUGGUUGAGGAGGUUUACAAGGGGAGGAGUGCGAUCAGUGGGGUUUCGACAAGGCUCGCGCUGGUGAGGUGGCGGAGUCCGGUUGAGGGGUCUACAAUUGACCUUGGUGUUGAGGGCCAGAAGACUAGUAAAGUUAGGUUAAGGGAUCUGGUGUGUAUGACCAAAGAGGAGGCGGCUGUACAUGAAAGGGAAGUUGUUCGGGGUGCAAAGACCCCCGAAGAUCUGUAUGAUACCGAGACAGUUCAGGCAGUGGAAGCCAGGAUUAAAGAGGAGAUUAGUUAUGAGGAACAUAGAUGA